GCUUCUCGCCAGUGGGGUCCCGGGGUCAGAAGAUCACUGCUCCCCUCCCCCGCCCAGCCGCAUGUGUAACUGCACGCCCCCCGCCGUCUUCCGGGUGAGGCGGCCCAGCCAAUGGCCGCGGCUGACGAGCGCGUCGAUUGGUCGGGGUGUCGGGCCGCCGCUCUUGAUUGGCUGCGGCGGCGGAGGGGCGGGGUUAUGGGGGGCCGUAAAGGCGGAAGUGCUCAGUGUGGAACCCGUGAGCGGCGGCGGAGCUUCUGCUGGGCCGGCUGGCUGGAGAGGGGCGUCGUCGUGGCGGGAGCGGCGGGGAUUCUGGCCGGUCGGCUGGCCGGCCUUCGGCGGGGGGUGGGGGGCGGAUUGGGCCGAGACUCCGCCGACUUCUCUCAGUCGUCCUCCGACAGGCGGCCCAGGGCUGGUGCCAGGAGGGCGGGAGCUGGGCGGGGGACUGCCGUCUCACUCGGUCUCUCUCUCUGCAGGCAGCCGGUUCCUGCGGCGAGUCGUCUGGGCCGAGGCAGGCGAGCGGCGGCAAGGAGCGGGGCCUGAGUCGACGGGCGGCGCCUGGUGGCUGUGCUGCGGGAGGGGCCGGAGGGCUGGUUCCUCAAUGGUGGGAGAAUCCCGGAUGUUCCUCUGGAACAGGGGUCAGCAACCUUUACCACCCAAAGAGCCAUUUGGACCUGUUUUCCACAGCCCCGAAGAUCUACCGAGCCGGAGAGGCGGCUUCCUCCAGUUUGCCCCCUCACCUUUCCUGGAGGGAGACACCCAGUUUGGCCCCUCCGACCUCCAGGCCACACGGAGCCACAGUAUAAGGGUGAAAGCCGCAUGCGGCUCCAGAGCCGCGGGUUGCAGACCCCUGCUCUAGAAUGCCUCCUUAGUCAGUCGGCUGCUGACUGAGCGUGUCUGACAUCUGAGAUCUGACAUCUGAGCGUGUCUGACAAGGUGAAUGAAGGGGUGCCGCUUGCUCAGGUAUGGGUGAAGGGGAACAUCUUGUGGCAGUGAUUGUGGGAUGUGUAGAGAUAUGACUCGGCAGUUGCAUGUGCUCAAGGCAGAAGGCUCUGGGUUGUGAUAUGGUCCUUGGGGUGAAAGCAAAGGGGGGAUGUUGUGUAAGAGGAACUGGAGAAGGAUAUGUUGGUGGGGGUGCAAAAUUUAACUAUAAAUUGCCUCUAAGAGUUAUAUUUGUUGAGCUUCUAUUUUCAUACAAUAAGUUUACUUCAUAUAUGUAUUAUUGAUCUUUAGUUUAACAUAGUCACAUUGCAAAAUUAAUACAUAUAUUCAACUAUAUUUGUUAUUCCAGCACGUUUAAAUUAUAAUUAAUUUAAUUCGUGGAGAUUUGAACCAAAAUGGUAAAUUUUGAUUUCAGUAUUUCCUUUACACUUUACUGUUUUUAAUUAUAUCUUUGUUUCAAAUUUUUUACAGUAUUGAUUAAAUGGUUCCCACAUCAUUUCAAAUCUUCUUUUUUGGCAGAUCCUUCUGAUAUGUCGAUAUUCUGUCCGUGGUUCUAGUCUUCCAAUAAACUGAUCCAGUCCUUGCAA